CAAGGCGGGAAGCAAAACGAUAGAAGAAAAAGAGGCAAAUUUCAAAACCGAGUUCGAUCGCGGAGGGAGAGAGAUGAAAUUCGAAGCUAAGAGGAAUUUUGAUUUCGAUCUCGGAGAUGACGACGACGACGAGGAUUUUCUUUCGGAGGUGGCCGCGGCGGAAGCUCGUGCCCUAGCUAGUAAACGUAGAAAAAUCCCCAAUCAUACCAUCGAUCCGCCCAAAAGAGCGAUCGCGGAGGUUACGAGCAAAGUUUCCCCUAACGCAGAUGCGGAAGGGAUCUACAUCGCCGCUUUGAAAGGAGACCCUAUUAUCCUCUCGCAACUUUCUGGUCGGAUAGCCAAUUCUGGAAAUAAAGGGUUCAUCUCUGCGAAUACUACUGCUCAUGCUCAAUCGGAGGGUGGUGGCUCGUGUUUUAAAUGCGGGAAAUUAGGGCAUUGGGCUAGAGACUGCGAUGCUCCGGGAAGUGGAGGGUCUUUCAGCUUUUCAGGAAAUGAUACGUCUGUGGCCGAGAAAUCAUGCCCCUGCGGAAUGGGAGUAUGUGUAGUACUAACUGCGAAUACGGAGAGGAAUCGAGGUCGAAAAUUUUACAAAUGUCCCGUUCGACAGGAAAAUGGUGGCUGCGGAUUCUUUGAGUGGUGUGACAAUGCCUCUGCAACUAAUAUAAUGACUUAUGGAAGCCAAAAUCGUGCAUCAAGUUCUUCAUUUUCAGACCUUAAGUGCCCCUGUGGUGCUGGUUCUUGCAUAACUCUAACAGCCAAAACAGGGGAAAAUGUGGGGCAGCAAUUCUAUCGUUGCCCUUCAUACCAGGCAACUUGCGGAUUUUUCCAGUGGUGCAAGGAGGCAUCCAUGGCAGCCAAGAAUCAAGUGAGUGGCUCUAAGGUCUACGGCAACACAACCGACACAAGCAAAGGCAUGCCUGCGACUGCAAGGGCGGGUUCUUCCUGUUAUAAAUGUGGGGGCGAAGGGCAUUGGGCUAGAGAUUGCUCGCAAUCACUCGCACCAUCAAACCAAUCUUCUUCAGCUGGAAGCUGUUUCAAAUGUGGGAAGCCUGGCCAUUGGGCGAGGGACUGUUCUAAUUGUUAAUAACAGGUAUUACCGACCCUCUGGCUGCUUCGUUUCAAGGUUUCUAGCAGUUGUUUAAGCUUGUAAAUUCACAACUCACCUGACAUUUUUGCUUAUUUGGUACACACUCUCCUAUUAUGAAUUUCACAUUUACUCCUCUUGGGUGGAUGAUUUUGAUA